CAAUUAGGCAGAGUAAGAAGGAAAAACAAAAACAACACAGACUGUAAAGAAAAGCUCUGAAAGCUUGUAGCCAAAUACAAAGUGUUUAAGAGUGCUGAGCGGUAGCUUAAAAAGUGCAAAUAAAAGCGUGCAAACAUUUACAGUUAUUAAGCGAUUUUUGUUGUCGCCUUUGUUUAUGCGUUCAAAUUUGGGCGAAGCAAACAGCGAAAAUUAAAAUUAAAAUAAACUAAAAAAAAAAAAAUUAAAAUAAAAAAAAACAACAAUAACGAUUAAACAAUACUCACACACWCUCACACAACUUAAACGCCUCAUCCAAGUGCGGCAACCGUUCUCGGCCUUAAAUGUUCAUCAAAAAUAAUACGCUUUUGAAUAGCAGCAGCGGUGUUGGCGUUGGCAACGGUAGCAGUAGCGGUAACGGUAGCGGUAGUGAUCGGCUUGGUAUCGACAGCAUCGUGGGUGUUGGUGGUGGUGGUGAAAGUGUUGGCGCCAUCAGCGUGGCAGGCAGCAUCAGCAUAGCGAGUAGCAGCAGCGUCGGUGGCAGCAGCAACAGUAUCGGCAUCGGUGGCGGUGGCGGCGGCGGCGGUGGCAGCGCAGAGUUGCUCUACCCAAGCAGCAGCAGCAGCAGCAGCAGCAGUAGUAGUUCAAGCGCCAGCGGUCAGGCUAGCAGCGCUUGCAGUCACAGCGGCAGCAGCAGUAGCGUUAGCACAGGCAGCGCGGCACCCUUAAAUCCGACCCGACGCUGUGCCACACAGACUGACAACAACAAUAGUGUCAGCGGCAAACGCGGCCUCAAUUUGAGCUUAUUACACAAUCACAGUUCGAGCAACAGCAACGGCAGCAACAGCAGCAGCGGCAGCAAUAAUAAUAACAACAAUAAUAACACCAACAGCAGCCACAAUCACAACGGCAGCGGCAGCAGCGUUGGCGGUGGCCUUGGCUUGUUAGUUGGUCACAGUGUUGGCGGCAUAGUCGGCAGCGGUCGACGCUUAAUCGGCGGUCUAGGUGGCAGCAUUUGGCGCUCAGCCACUUCGACCACAUCAUCCUCCUCGUCAACAAYAGCGGCAGCGGCCACUACUCCAGCAGCUGCGCCUGCGGCAAAUACGCACGCCACACAAACAAUCGCUAACGUUACGGCGUCUGGUUCGGUGUCUGCGUCAGCAUCYUCGAACUCGACAUCGGCCUCAUCGCCGACCGCCUCGUACGCCAAUUCCACAGCCAGCAGCAGCGCUGUGGCAUUGACCAUCGCUGACGGCAGCGCAAAUAAUUUCUUUCGCAGCGGCAGCGCACCGGCGGCAGUGGCAGCGGCAGCAACAGCAGCAGCGAUCGUCUAUAGCGGCGCCGCCAAUAGCCGGCACUUUCUGCGCGGCCAUAAGAAAACUUUUUUAUUUCACACGGUUAACAACAAAACAGCAACAACGGGUAACAGCGUGAGUGCAGUUGCUGGCGAGAGCAGCGCCAUCAUCAAAAUGGACGAGGAGGACUCCAUGGAUGAAGAAGUGCCCCAGACAUUCCUCAGCUCUUCGGAUGCGGAUGACGAACCUAUAAAACAACUGCCAAAGGAAAUUCUUUUACGUAUUUUCUCCUAUUUGGACGUGGUGUCUUUAUGCAGAUGUGCACAAGUCUGCAAGUAUUGGAAUGUGUUGGCCUUGGAUGGAUCUAGUUGGCAGAAAAUCAAUUUGUUUGAUUUUCAACGUGACAUCGAGGGUCCAGUUAUUGAAAAUAUAUCCCAACGAUGUGGUGGCUUCUUGAAAUUCCUUUCAUUGCGCGGCUGUCAAUCAGUUGUUGAUAAAUCAAUAAGAACAUUAGCAUUUCACUGCCCAAACAUAGAAAACUUGGACUUAUCCGAAUGCAAGAAGAUCACCGAUAUAUCGACACAGUCAAUAAGCAAAAACUGUGUACGAUUAGCAGCAAUCAAUUUGCAAUCGUGCUCUAAUAUAACCGAUGAUAGUUUAAAAUAUAUAUCGGAUGGUUGUCCGAACUUACUUGAAAUCAACAUUUCAUGGUGUCAUUUAAUCUCAGAGAAUGGCGUUGAGGCCUUGGCGCGCGGCUGCAAAAAACUGCGCAAAUUCUGCAGCAAAGGUUGUAAACAAGUCAAUGACAAUGCCAUCACCUGCCUGGCUAAAUUCUGUCACGACCUAAUGGUGCUCAAUUUACACAGCUGUGAGACAGUCACCGAUGCCUCGAUACGACAGAUCGCCGCCAACUGUCCUAAAUUGCAAAAACUUUGCGUUUCGAAAUGCGUCGAACUCUCCGAUCUCUCGCUAAUGGCGCUCUCACAGAAUAAUCCAUUGCUGAAUACGCUUGAAGCAUCUGGCUGUCGUAAUUUCACCGAUAUCGGUUUCCAGGCCUUGGGCAAGAAUUGCAAAUACUUGGAACGUAUGGACUUGGAGGAGUGCAAUCAGAUAACCGAUUUAACGUUGGCACAUUUGGCAACCGGUUGUCCGAGCUUAGAGAAACUGACUUUGUCGCAUUGUGAGCUUAUCACUGACGAUGGAAUACGUCAGCUGGCGGCUGGUAGUUGUGCAGCUGAGAGUUUAUCCGUCCUCGAAUUGGAUAAUUGUCCAUUAAUCACCGAUCGUACAUUAGAGCAUUUAGUAUCUUGUCACAAUUUACAAAGAAUCGAGCUAUUCGACUGCCAAAUGAUAUCGAGAGCAGCAAUACGAAAAUUAAAGAAUCAUUUACCAAAUAUUAAGGUACACGCCUAUUUCGCACCAGUUACACCGCCACCAGUUACCACUGGACAUCGCCCACGGUAUUGUCGCUGUUGUGAGAUUCUCUGAGAUUCGGCCAUCGGCUUCGCCAGGAAAUUCUUGUGCAAGGGCCCUACUGACUGAUGUUUGUAUAUAUUUACUAGUACAUUUCUAAUUGUUUUGACGAUCAUUAUGACAUCGCUGACACUCAUGUAUCUCUUCUCGAUGAUUUACUAUGUUUUUUGAAAAAUAACCAAAAACAACAAAAUGACAACAUGUAUAUGUAUGAAAACGACAACAACAACAACAAUUAUAAUACUAUAACAACAAACACGAGCAAAAUUGCAAAUUGUAUGUACAUACAUAAACUACUUACGUGAGAGAAAUUCUUAAGCUCAGACAAAUUUAAUUAUUUUGUGCAGACAAAAAAGGCAAAAGAACAAAUGCUAAAAUACUUUAUAUGUAUAUGUGAAAUAAAUGCAAAAUUGUAAACAGUAUGCGCUAGAAGAAAACGAAA